AUGCAGAGCGGCCCGGCGAAGUGGGCAGUUGCAGCGUUUGUGCUGCUCUGCGCGCUCGCGGGCCUGGAUAGCGCGUCAGCGGCCACGUUCUCGCUGGUGGAGGACCAAGAGACCUUCCGGAACCAAGUGCUGCUGACCGCUCCCGCCGAGAGCUACGAGAGCGUCUGCUUGCCCAAGAAAGCCGAGGUCUUCAAGUUCUAUGCGAAUGGAACCUUUGACUACAAGCCGGCGCGGGACGCCUACACCAUCGAGGGCGAGCCGGACGUGUUCAGUUGGGUGGGCUACAAUGUCACGGUCGACAGCUCCGGGACGCCGAUCAAGCAAUUCGUGACCACCGUCCAGUCGGUGAACAUGAAUAUUGCGCCGAAGAACGACCCACCGCGCGUCCGCGAGGGCCUGGACACGUUCGGGUACUCGUACCUCUUCCUGAAGACGGGCACGGAGGUCGUCAGCGCGAACGGCGGGCUCGAGGGGUACCUGCGGGGCUUCGACCCCGACAGCGACGCCGAAACGGCGCGACUGACCUACACCAUCACGAGACAGCCGGCGAACGGGACGGUGACGGUGUCCAACCAGCGGGCGUUCCGGCUGGUGAUGGACCCGAACAGCCUGACCGAGGGGUACACGUCGUUCGAGUACAUGGUGGACGACCGGCAGGGCGACGGGCUGGGCAAGGACAACUGCUCCCCCGCAAACAACUACGACAACCCCACGUGCCGGUACCCCAACGUGCUCAACGCCACCGCCACGGUCUUCCUACAGACGCAAUCCUUCCUCAACGUGCCGAAGAUGUACCCGCUGCGGAUCCAGGCCCUCGAGGAUAUCUCCCUCACGCUGCCCAUCCAGCGCACGGGCCUCGAGAACGCCACCAACGCCGUGGCGCUGCGGUACAACAUCACGCGCAACCCCCGGUUCGGGUUCGCGCGGAUCCUGUGCCUCGGGCAGGAGGUGCACUCGCUGUCGUCGUGCUCGUAUAGCGACCAGCUCACGCGCAACGGCGCGGAGUCGCGCGCGUACCUGCAGUUCCUCCCCCUGCCCGACGUCGACACGGUCGACUCGCUGGAGAUUAUGGUGUCGGACGUGAACACGGGCGAGGCGCGCACGAUCACGUACGACAUCGACGUCGUCUCGCAGCCGGACCCGCCCGUGGUGUCGGACCUCUUCCUGAACGCGCCGCUCAACUACAACAAGGACGGCGUGAACAAGACCGGCUUCCUGACGGUCGACUUCCAGGUCUCGGACAGCGACUACGUCGAGAUGACGGCCAUCUUCACCGUCAGCUCCCUCCAGGACCUCAUCGGCUCGAUGUACUUCCGCCUCAACAGCGACGGCACCCUCGACGAGUCGUCCAAGGUCGACCCCUCCAAGGAGCUCCGCGUGCCGCUGCAGCCCGUCCCGGGCUCGAAGCGCAUGCAGCGCCGCCUCAGCGUGCCCAAGGGCUGGCCCGAGCACGAGCCGCUCCCGCGGAUGCUGCAGCAGGCGCAGAGUCAGACCCAGCAGUUCUCCGGGCAGCUCUUCUACGUGCCGCCCGACACCCUCGGCGGCAACAUGGGCAACCUGGAGUUCAACGUCGAGGACGGCAUGGGCGGGCGGUCCACGAACGCCGGGCGCCUGCGCAUCGACGUGCAGUGCGAGCCCGGGUUCUUCGUGUCGGAGACGGCCAUCCAGUUCGGCGCGCAGACGCUGCAGACGUUCCAGUGCGUGGCGUGCCCCGCCGGCACGCGCAUCGCGACGGCGAACCAGGCCGGGUGCACGCCGUGCGAGCCCGGGACGUACUCGCCCGGCGCGCUCGCGCAGUGCCUGCCGUGCGAGAUUGGCACGUACAACCCGCUGCAGGGGCAGCCGGACUGCUUCAAGUGCCCGCAGUACAGCUCGUCGCAGCGGUACGCGACGAGCCUGGACGGGUGCUUCUGCGUGCGCGGGUACUACGGGCAGGGCGGCGUGUGCGCGCCCUGCCUGGACCAGAACGAGGUGGUGACGUGCAACAACGACGGGCAGCGGCUGCCGUACCCGACGUUCGGGCACUGGGUCGACAAGUGGGCCACGUGGCAGUCGGUGAACCAGACGGUGCAGGCGUGCGUGCCGCCCGAGGCCUGCAAGGACUCGGUCGAGCUCACGGACGCGCAGGUGUGGAACGAGGACACGUGCGUGGCGGGCUACACGGGCCGCGCGUGCGCGCACUGCGAGGAGGACUACUACCGCACGGGCGGGCUGUGCAAGAAGUGCCCGUCGACGACCGUGGUGAUCCUGGUCUACUGGCUGCUGGCGGCGGCGGUGAUGCUGGUGCCCAUCAUGUCGCGCGUGUUCGGCGGGCCGGGCGAGUGGGCGGCCAUCCACGUCGCGCUGCUCUUCAUGCAGUUCAACGGCCUUCUGCAGAAGCUCCGCGUGGACUACCCGGCCUCGCUCCGCGGCCUGAUGGAGGUGCAGUCGGUCUUCUUCCUCGACAUCGAGAGCCUGCACCUCGAGUGCGUGUUCGGCGUCGAGCGCGCGGACCCCAAGUUCAAGCUCCAGAUCGCCGCGCUCAUCCCCGUGUUCGCCGUCGGCAUGUGCGUCGUCGGCAUCAUCGCCAAGUACUCGUGGGUGCGCGCCAUGCGCUACCGCGCCAAGGCCCGGGAGUACAAGCUGGGCCUGGGGAACAUCCUGAAGACGAUCCAGACGCGCACGAACCGCUCGGGCGAGAGUCCGACGGAGUACCCCAACGUCGUCGCGCUGUUCGUGUCGCUCUACACCAAGUACAUCCAGCUCUUCUACAUGGGGGUGGCGCGCACGGCCAUCUCGCCGUUCGACUGCGUGGAGGACACGCAGACGGGGCUCAAGUUCAUGGAGUCGGCGCCGUGGCUGCGCUGCGAGACGGACCCCUCCGUCGUGGGCGUGCAGGGCCUGGGCGGCUUCGGGGCGUUCUCCAGCAGCGACAGCUACUGGGGCGACAUCAGCCGGACGUCCCUCAUCCUGACGAUCGUGUACCUCGUCGGCCUGCCGAUGAUGGUGCUGCUGCUGUACGUCGUCGGGAACUACCUCGAGGACACGCCGUUCAAGAAGGCCCUGUUCGGACACCACCAGGGGGCGUACCGGCGCAAGUUCAAGUGGAUGUACGUGCUGACGCUGUUCCUGCAGGGCGGGACGAUCGCCACGCAGACGGUGAACAACUCGCUCGGCCCCGAGGGCACGACGCUGCAGAUCCUGGCCAUGUUCUUCGUCGGCGUGUUCCCGUACUUCAUCAUCAACGCCGUGGGCGACCCCUUCCUGCAAAUGCUGCUGGAGAACCUGAUGCAGUUCUUCAACUUCACCAACGCGCUCAUGGUGUGGAACGCCAUCGCGCUCGUGUCGAACAACCCCGCGACGACCAACAACACGGCCAACAACACGGCCAACAAGGUCAACACCGACUUCAUCAGCACGCUCGCGUUCGUCGAGCUCACCGCCGCGUUCUGCGUGGCGUGCUUUGCGGUCUACGCCAUGCUCUCGGAGCGCGCCGUCAACGCCAUCCGCGUGGCGUGGAAGAAGGUCAAGCUCUACAUGCGCCUGCGCGCGGCCGUCAUGCGCUCGCGCCUGGCGCGCAAGAAGCCCAUCCCCGUGCAGCGCUGGCUGGCGGUGGGGUCGAAGGUCCGCUUCAUGGUGCGCGUGCACAUGGCGCAGGAGCGCGCGCAGCUCAACGUGACCAAGAUGGAGACGAACCUGAACACCACCUUCAAGGCCACCGACGUGGUCACGCCCGGGAUGGCCUUCACGCCCGCGCGCGGCGUCGGCGGCACGAUCUCGAAGCAGAUGCUGCUCGGGCAGGACCAGGGGAUGACGGCGGAGGAGCAGAUCGCGAUGCUGCAGGCGGAGACGGGCGCGAUCACGCAGGCCGCCGACGCGGAGGAGGUGGUGUCGAGCGUGUCGAGCAACAUCUUCGACAUCGUGCAGCUCUUCAUGAUGCCCAAGGUCGCGGACUCGAUGAAGGACCUGCUGGAGAAGCCCAAGCUCGUGGACACGUGGUCGAACUACGGCGUGAAGGUCAACAAGGCGUGGGUGGCUAAGAUCUUCAUGAAGGUGUACAAGUUCAGCGAGUACAAGGCGCUGGUGGACUUCCAGGAGCCCGACGUGACGUCGUUCGAGUCGAAGCUCAAGCCCGGGCUGCGGUCGAUGAUGCUGCGGUCCAUGGUGGAGCGCGAGGCGCGCGCGGACAACGUGGAGAUGGCCAAGGUCCUGGAGAUGAUCGACGACCUGCUGGGCGUGACGCUGGACCCGGAGCUGUGGAACUACGGCGAGGCGAUCCGCGAGGUGGCCGCGGGCGCGCCGGUGACGACGUCGGAGGACCUCCGGCGGCCCGCGCCGCAGACGGAGGAGGAGAUGGAGGAGCAGAUGGUGGCGCAGGACGCCAAGAUGGCCGAGACGGAGCUCAAGGGGUUCCUCACGCGGUUCCGCGUGCAGAAGAUGGCCGAGCAGAUGGGGCAGCGCGAGGCCGAGGAGGCCGAGGCCGCGGACGAGGGGUCGGUGGACCUGGACGACUUCGACAUCGACGUGGACGACUUCGACGGCGUCGACGACGAGUACUCGGGCGAGGGCGAGCCCGACCCGUACAGCCCGAUCGGGCAGUUCCUCGACGCGGACGACCCGGGCGCGGGCAGCGGGAGCGGCGGGUCGUUCACCGCGUCGGACGAGGACGCCUCGUACCGCCGCGGGGGGGCGUCGGGCGCGCGCGGCGGCGGGGCGACGGCGCGGUCGGGGAGCAGCAGCAACACGUCGGGCGCGCCCGGGCGCUGGACAAAGCGGCGCAACGAGCUCUCGGACGAGGAGGAGUGA